GGACGGGAGUGGAAGAGCAAGGCAGACCCGUCGACAGCAGCGGGAGAAAGUGCACUCUCCGUACAACUCAUAAGCUGCAUUCUCGCUUCACCUGCCUACACAUUAACUACUAUUUGUAAACGCUGCAUUCCUUUUAGAGGACGUCUGCCAACAAGUGUUGGGAAUUUGAGGCGUUAGCGCUACGUUUUAACUUCGAACGGGGGAAAUCCUACUAGGACUCAGGUUGAGCAAGAGCAACUGGAGAACGGAACCCAAGUUCGACUUUUAGCGAUGUACUUGUUUUCGACUGGAAAGUGUUUUUACUGGACUGCGCUCAGGAAAGAGAUUUAAAUACCCCUAGAGGCAGGCAAUCUCGCGGUGUGAUCCAGGAUAGUGGACUGCCCCGGGACGGAAGGUCCGUGCAUCUAGCUCGAGCCCUGAGGGAUAUCACCAGCCUCCCCACAUGUUCCAAUUUCCGCCCCCGCUGCACGCGGAGCACCUGUUCAGAAGACUUCAUCUCACCGAAGGGAGACUAACCCGGACAUUGACUGGUUAUUGAAUGCAAUUUAUCAUUUUGACCUCCCUUCGAGAAUAUUUUACAUACUGAGCUGUUAGCUCACUGAACUGGAAGACGUCUGAGAAAACUCUGACGUCUAUUUAACUGGAUGUAUUCUAACUUAAAUAAAUCAAUAACGAUUUUACAGAGGUUCAUUACAUUAAAUACAUAUUCAAGACCACGGGAAGGCCUUUCAUCGAUGGACUAACAACCUCAUUCUUUUGACGCUGCGAAGUGCCUAAUCUGGGUGUGAGGAUGAAGGUAGUGGUGUGACGGUGGCCAUGGGACAGGAGAGACACUGGGCUCUGGCAAUCACUGCUGCUGCUGUCCUCUGUCUACUGGGUGAGUCCCAGUCAGCUGAUCCAGUGGUGCGGGCCCGGGUGGGGGGGUCGGCGGAGCUCAGCUGCAGUCUCACCUCCACCUCCCAGGGAGCCUCCACCCCCAACCUGGUGCCCCUCCACGUGGUGGAGUGGGUCCGCCUUGGCUACAACGUGCCCGUCCUCAUCAAGUUUGGGGUGUACACUCCGCGCGUGCACCCCAGCUACAGAGGCCGAGUGUCCCUAUCUCGGGGAGCCUCUCUGCGGAUCGAUGACCUCUCCCUUGUGGACGAGGGCUGGUUUGAGUGCCGCAUCCUCCUGCUGGACCAACCGACAGACGAGUUUCAGAACGGCACCUGGACCUUUCUAUCCAUCACAGCUCCCCCGUCCUUCGUCCAGAAGCCCCCCUCUCAGGUGGAGGUGUUGCUGGGAGACCCCGUCAUCCUGAGCUGCGCUGCCCUGGGCAACCCCAAGCCCACCGUCUCCUGGAGAAAAGGGGACGUCCCCGCUGAGGAGCAUGAGGCCAUCAAGGUGCUCAAUGGCACUCUGUCCCUGGCCAAGGUUACCCGGGAGACGUCAGGUCUCUACAAGUGUCACGUGUCCAACUCAGAGGGCAAUCUUACCCAUAGUACACAGCUACUGGUUAAAGGUCCCCCGAUCAUCAUCAUGCCCCCAGAGGACGUCUCCAUGAACAUGUCCCAGGAUGCAGUUCUGCCGUGCCAGGCCGAGGCGCACCCCGCCAACCUCACGUAUGAGUGGUGGAAAGAUGGGGAGAACAUCUACCACAUCGAGACUCUGAAGUCUCGGAUCAAGGUCAUGGUGGACGGAACUCUCCUCAUCUCUGAGCUCAUCCCUGAGGAUUCUGGGAACUACACCUGCGUUCCAACCAAUGGGCUGCUCACGCCACCCUCCGCCUCAGCCUACCUCAAAGUUAAACACCCAGCGCGGGUGGUGCGGAUGCCCAGGGAGACCUACCUCCCGGCGGGCAUGGAGGGGGUCAUCGUCUGCCCCGUGCAGGCCGAGCCGCCCAUGCUCUUUGUCAACUGGACCAAAGAUGGGGACACUCUCAACCUAGACCAGUUCCCAGGCUGGAUGGUGAACUCUGAGGGUUCUGUGUUCAUCACCACGGCCAACGAUGAUGCUGUGGGCAUGUACACCUGCACUGCCUACAACAGUUACGGCACCAUGGGUCAGUCAGAACCCACAAAGGUCAUUCUACAGGACCCCCCGGCGUUUAACGUGACCCCACGGGCUGAGUACCUGCAGGAGGUGGGGAGGGGCCUGCUGAUCCCCUGCAGCGCCGCGGGAGACCCCACCCCCAACAUCACCUGGGCCAAGGUUGGUCCACUCCCUCGCUCUCCGUACGCGUUGUUGUCCAACGGUUCUCUUCUGCUCCGUCCCCUCAGUAAGGACCACCAGGGCGGAUGGGAGUGCCGAGCCAGUAACCGCGUAGCAACUGUCACCGCGGGAACCGUCGUUCUAGUCCUGGGUACGAGUCCCCACUCCGUCUCCUCCGUGUCGGUCGUCACGGAGAUGCACCAGGCCAAUGUGUCCUGGGAGCCCGGCUUCGAUGGAGGAUACAUGCAGAAGUUCUCUGUUUGGUUCAAGCCAACGGUGCGGGCGAAGCACGAGUGGCAGUCCCUGCCGGUGCCCACGUCCAGAACACACAUGCUGGUGACCGGGCUGAUGGCCGGAACUAGCUACCAGUUCAGCGUCCUGCCACAGAACAAGCUGGGCUCCGGGCCUUUCAGCGAGAUCGUCACCGUCAGGACCAUAGCCCCGCCUACAGACCCGCCCACUGUGGUAUCCGAGGUAGCCGCGCUGGCUCCUCCCACAUUGCUGUCAGUCAACCGCACCUCUGAGGGUAUCCUGUUACAAUGGGUCCCGCCCCCAGCGGACUCUCUACCAAUCACAAGCUUCGUCCUGCAGGCCCGCCUUGAGGGAGGAAAGUGGGUGACGCUGGACGGGACCAUCAACGCCAACAGCAGUGACAUGCUAGUGCAGGGGCUACUCAAGGACUCUCUGUAUGACCUGCGGAUGCUGUCACGGAGAGACCAGCUGGUCAGCGAGCCCAGCCAAUCAGUCAACAUCUCCACCUCAGGGAUGGACGUGUACCCAGUACAUACCAGCCUUUUGGCCUUUAUCCCGGAGCCGCUGCUGGCGGGGGUGAUUGCGGGCGUGUGCUUCCUGUUGGCCACCAUCGUCCUCUCGCUCGUCACCAUCUGCAUCAUGAGCCGCCGCAGAGACAGGAAGAAGCGCAAGAGGAGAGACGAUAUUCCGCCGGCCUUCCGGAAGAAUCCAUCCCCAGAGCCUCGCUCUCCCUCCAACAGCCCUGACAGCGUGCUGAAGAUGAAGCUGUGUCCACCGCUGUCCUUCUUCCCCAGUUCGUCCUCCUCUUCUGACCGCUCCUCCUUCGACAAGGGCAGCCGCAGCGAGUACCACGACCAGCGCAAGCAGCUCCUGUCCGGCACCUCGCCCCCGCCACGCUACACCCUCUUCGAGAGCCACCUGGGAGGGUCGCCCUCCGCCAACUCCGCCCUGGAGUCCAUCGCCCGCGGCCCCGACGGACGCUUCGUCGUCCAGGCCUACGCCCCCGGAUCCAGCCCCGCACACCUCAAGCGGAGCUUUAAGAAGGACUUCCCACAAUCCCCUGGGAGGGGCUCCUUCCGGGACUCGGGCCGAGCCAGCCCGCUGGACGCGGAUCAGGAGGCGCAGCGCUGCUCUCCACUGGCGCUGGCGGUGGACGCGUCCGUGGCGCCGCACCUGGAGACGCUGGCCGAGUCGCCGGGCCGGGUCAGAGCCAUGGCGCGCAACUUCUCCCGCCACGGCUGCUUCUACUCGGACGACGAGCAGGCCGGCUCGGAGGCGCUGCUGGAGCGCGCCAGCUUCUACUCGGACAGCGGCGAGAAGCGUCGCAGCAGCUACCGCGGCUACCGCGGCCCGACGCACCCCGAGGACCUGCUGCCCGGGCUCGCCCGCCGCGGCCGCUACCAGCCCAUGGAGCCGGACGGUCCGCUGAGCCCAGACGGCACGGCGCUGACCCACCUGGAGGGCGCCAGCGACAGCGAGCUGAGUGGACCGAGCCGGCGGCGGCAGCGUCUGGUCAGGGAGCGCGAGGAGAUGGAGCGCGAGCUGCAGGGCUACACCUGCGGCCUGCGCGUGUGGGACCGCGUCAGGGAGGAGCGCAGGGCUAAGUCCGUCAGCCCGCUGCGCUCGUGCCGCAGCCCCGCGCCGGACGCCCACCAGCCGGACGCCGAGCCCGUGUGGAAGCCGCAGGACGUGAGUCUGCGCCCGCGCAGCCAGCGGCCGAGCAGCCUGGCGCACCGCGUGUCCGACUACCGGCGCGGCUGCUACUUCGGCAGCACCAGCAGCCCCAUGGAGCGGGCACUGCCCGCCUCGGCCUCCUACAUCACCUGGGACAUCAGCCCCGUCAGCUCGCCCACCAGCCUGGUGCCCCCACCCCACAGCCUGUCCGAGGGCAACACCCCCCGUGCCCAGCGCCCGCUCUCGCCCCCCUCGCCCCCCCAGGACGACCUCUCACUCCUCUCGCCCACCUCACACAGCCCCGCGACCUCUGACCCCGCCGCCGACCUGAACUGCGGCCGCAGCCGGAGACCGGACCGGCCCGCCGAGAGGGUCCAGACGGACGUUCCGCUGCGGCGGGCCCCGGUAGCGGACCUCAGAGACCCGGACACGGGAGCGUCGUCGGCGAAGCCGGUCACUCCGGUGUGUAGCGAGCCUCUGCAGCCGGUGUGUGAGAGCGUGCGGCACUUCGAGGCCGAGCAGGAGCGGGCGGCCAGUCCUCGGUCCAGCCGCUCGACGUCCCCCACCACCCUCACGCCGGACGAGAUGGCGGACGAUGCCUCGGACGAGGAGCGCCAUGGCGACAGCAGGCCCAGACGCACGCCCUCCAGCUACUCCACGCUACCCUACGAACAGCAGCGGUCAGGCGGCCGGGUCAAGUCGCCCGCCGGUGGCGGCCACUUCGACAGCCCCGCGGUGGAGGAGCUGGCGGGCUCGUCCGCGCUGCUGGACUCGGAGCGGGAGGCGGUCAGGGCUCGGUCCAGGAAGAGCGAGCGUCUGGCGUUUGGCGGGAGCCCGAGCCGCGCCUCUCCACUGACCCUGCUGGAGAACGAGAGCGUGAGCGUGAGUGACCAGUCGACCCUCUCGCGCGUGUCCGAGAGCAUGAAGGCCCGGCUGGUGCCCCCCCCGCCGGCCGCCCGCCUGUCCCCCGUGCAGACCAGCGCCAUCCUGGAGUACCUCAGCAUGCCCGGCUUCAUCGAGAUGAGCGUGGACGAGCCCGUGGACGACAGCGACGCCACGCCGACCGCCUGGCCGCCCACCGCCGACUCCGAGGCCUCCUCCCUGCUUACCGGCGAACCCGACGUGGUGCCCAGGAACUGGGGGGGGCACCCGCCGGACGGCCCCCCGCCUGACCCCACCCAGCAGCAGAGCACGGUGCCGGACGAGCGCAAAACUCCCAUCAUCCCCGUGGGCCAGCCCAGUGGCCCUGAGAUGCCGGCGCCAAGGAGCGCCGUGUCCAGACACCGCAGCGUCCCGCGUCCAGCUCCCGAGCCCAGAGCUGGAGACGAGGAGAUGGAGGAGAGGCGGCCGGACAGCACCCAGCCCCUGCUCUCCGUGAAGACGCGAAGUCCCGCCCGGCAGGCCCAGAAGAUGGGCGCCGACCUGGCCCACACGCUGGUCAGCGCAGCGCGGAGCGUGGCCGCCGUGGCAACCCGAAGUCCAGAGCGCUUCGAGCGCUUCGAGCGCCUGCCGCUGCAGUCCAGCCCGGAGGAGGAGCCGCGGCGGGAGCCGGCCAGCAGGACCAAUAAGAUCGCCUCGCGCAUCUGCCAGGCGCCUGUGCCCUUCAUGAGGAAGUCCAUGAGCAUCGGCCCCUGCAGGACGCUGUCCGGCGUCGGGCCCCCGCGCCCUUUCCUCAGGAAGUCCAUCAGCCUGGCCACGCACAGCUGGGAGCCGCUGGACGAGCCCAGGGCGUACGUCUCCGAGCGCUACUACAGGGACGAGCUGCCGCACCCCGACGCGCGGGUCAAGUCCUACAGCCUGGGGCGGGCGCCCCCGUCCUGCUAUGGCCGCCCCGGAGCCCUCUGGCAUGGACUGGUGCCCUUCCAUCGCCAUGGCAGCGGUAGCCUGGAGCGCCAGCAUCCAGUGGACAGACCCUAUCCCAUGGACCGCCCGCACCCCGCAGAAAGACCCUAUCCCAUGGACCGCCCGCACCCCGCAGAAAGACCCUAUCCCAUGGACCGCCCGCACCCUGCAGAAAGACCCUAUCCCAUGGACCGCCCGCACCCCGCGGACCGGACCUUCCCCGUAGAGCACCGUUCCCACCCUGCAGACCGACCCUACCUCUUAGACCACUCCUACCCCCCCCUUGACCGCCACUACCCCCCCGAGCGGCCUUACCCCCCCAACCGGCCCUACAUGCUCCCCUCCUACCUCAGUCCUGCCCCACCCAUCCUGGAGGACCCACGGCACGCCCCUGACCCCCCCAUCUCUACGCGCCACGACUGGCCUGACCCGCGCCGGCAAGCGGCCGUCUUCCCCGACGCAGCACGCUGCCCGCUCACCUACCAGGAGACCCUGCGGGCGGCUCAGCACAAGUACGUGCCCCUGGACCCCUCCUACCCCCUCCUGCCCCCGCGGCCGGGCCCCAAGUACCCCCGGCCCAUCGCCGCAGACCCCCGCCACGACCACCAGAGGGCGCAGCUGCCGCGCGGCUACAGCUGGCCCUCGCCGUACCAGCCGGCCCCCCUCCCCCUGCGGGAGCUGGACUUCCCCCGCGAGCCCCGCGAGCCGGACCGGGCGCUGGUGCCCAGGGAGGUGGAGUACCUGCGGGAGAGCCGAGAGGGCAGGGCCAGCUAUGCCAGCCAGAGCAGCGGGCACGGGAGCGUGGGGCCCUACGGGCACGGCGGCCACCUGCGCCAGUCUGUCUCCAUGACGCCCACGCUGCUCAGCUCGCCCGAGACCACCGAGGAGAGCCAGCGGCUGCGGCCCGACGCUGAGUUCCGCAACCGCCGGGCACAAAGAAGGAACACGUCAGUGGAUGAGAGUUAUGAGUGGGAUGCAGUGGAGCAGUGUAUGGACCCUGAUGUUCUGGGGGGACUGAAGGGGGAGCAGGGUCCAGCCCGGGGGGGUCGUGGGCAGGAGCCCAUCAGGGACCCCCCCUGCUCCUCACCGGACCCCCAGGACCCGCACAGCAAAGGCCUCUCCUGUUCCUUGAGUCCUCCCCCCGUAUCCCACGCUCCUGGGAGUGAGUGCAGCCGUUCCCUGAGUGAGGCUCGCUUUAACGCGCUGCGUCAGGAGUUCCAGGAGUACUGCCGGGCGCAGGAGUCCUCCUGCCCUCGCGAGCCCUUCUACCCCCCGUCUGACCCCGAGUCCGACUCCAACUCUGCCCUGCUCUGAGUGCUCCUCGCCACCACCCCCAGCCCACCUGAGUGCUCUGAAGAGGGUGCUGAAGAGGCGUGUUGAAACUGACUGGACAUUCCUGCGCUGGGCUGUGCUGCCCUCCAGGGGCUCUGACCAGGACCGUGUGGUCAGACAUACCCAUCCACAUGAACUGAGGGUGAUCCCUGACCAGGACUCUGUGGUCAGACACACCCAUCCACAUGAACUGAGGGUGAUCCCUGACCA